AUGAACGCACUGCACAAUCGCAUGGCAAAGGAGAUCAAAACGCUGCGCAAGAAGCCGCCGGAGGGCGUGUGCGUGUGGCAGGCCGAUGGGGCGUGCGUGACGCGGCUGUGCGCCCAGGUGCAAGGCCCUGCCGGCACUGUGUACGAGGCGGGCGUGUUCAGGCUCAAUGUGGAUGUGCCGGAACGGUAUCCGUUUGAGCCCCCCAAGGUGACGUUUGCGACGCGCGUGUACCACCCCAACAUCGACUCCAGCGGCCGUAUCUGCCUCGACAUCCUCGACCUGCCGCCCAAGGGAUCCUGGCGGCCAUCGCUCAACCUGGUCAUGGUGCUGGCGGCUGUGCGGCAGCUGCUGGCCGAGCCCAACCCUGACGACCCCCUUGACCAAGACGCAACCGAGGCUUACCUGCGGAACCGGCCGCUGUUCGACAGCGCCGCGCGCCGCAUGGUGGCCGAGCACGCGGCGGGCCGGGGCGGCAGCAAUGGUGGAGCGUCAGAGGCAGCAGCAGACGGGACACUGCUGGGGGCCAGCUCCAGCUGCGGCAACAACGGAGAUAAGGCAGGAGUGGCGCCGACCGAGGGCAUGGCGGCUAGCAGCCGGGUGCAGCAGGACUCGAGUGGCACGGCAGCGGGCCCAAGCGGCGCCAGCGGCAGUGCUGUUGGCGGGAGCAACGUCGCUAGCGAUGGUGGUCGUGGCGAUGGUGGCGACGGUGGCGACAGCGGCAGUGAGGCGGCAGCGAUGCAGGUGGACGACCCCCCGAGCAGCGGCGAUGGCGUCGGCGGCGUGGCGAAGCGCGGCCCCGGCGACGCCCUCAACGAUGACUUGGGGGAGGGCAUCGAUGCGCUGCUGUCUCUAGCGUCCAUUGCGCACGCGGCGCAGUCGGGGGAGGAGCAGGGCGAGUAUGACUACGAAGAUGACGGCAGUGGCGGUGGCGGCGGCGGCGGCUACGGCAAGGGCGGCGCCGCGCGCAUGGCGCGGACGCCGCGCAAGCCGACGCCCGGCGACGUCUCUCACGGGUGA